AACGUUUGUAAGGGCUUCAGUAAGCUGUAGAGCACGUUUAUGAAUAAGGAACAUCUUACAUUGUUUAGGUUAGCUUUGGUCAUGCAUUUUGUGAUCUCGUGAACUAGACAUUUCAAUUAACAAUUUUGACAGUAAAAUAAAAAGUAAACAUUUUUCAAAUACAUGUUAAUUUAAAUGGGUAAUUGCUGGUCGGAGCUAAUCGUGAACAUGAUGCCUUUACUGUUAUUGUGGUUAGCUGAGUAAACUGAACUUGACUAUAUGGAGUUGAGUUUACUCGGCUUAUUGUCUCUGGUGUAUGACUUUCUGGCAGCUAGAGCAAAUUCUGUUCUAUCAUGUGCUCCAAUUUCUAGAUUAACUGAUUAUUGGUAAAUAAUGAAAACGCGCGAUUCUUCCCCACCAUUGCACGUUCACGUGCCAGAGACCACACCUGUACAUGUACACCUGAAGAGGAGUCAGAAGAGCUGUACUGCGAAGACCCCACAGAUGAAGAUUAAAGAGGUGCAAAUCAAAGGGGAUAUUGGGAACCUGCGUGCCAGAGCGAGGUCCCGGGCCCCCUGGGUGCCGGCCCCAGGAAGAACCUCCACUCGGGAUGACGCAUACAAGUGGGAGGUCCUGGAACUGUUAGCUCCUCACAGAUACAUUUUUCAUCCAAUGCUAUGGACGUUCCUUACGUUUUACAUUGACAAAGAUCCAUUAUUUCUCACUUCCCACAGAUAUAACAUCCUACAUGUUAUCAUUAGAUAUACUACCAAUGUUGAUUUUCAUGUCUCUCAGGGGCCUUCAUACUGUCUGGAGAUCAAACCUGUAUCACAUGCUAAGCCUUCCCUGUCCCCACUGCAGUUGACUGACCUGUCUGAUGAGGAUAAACAAGAGCAGAGGAUGCAUAGCCAGUGUAACAAAUAUAGGAGGAAGAUUGAUGGACUCAUGAUGGAUGUUGGGUCUCCAAAGAAUUACGUGAGGCUGUGGAAGAAGGAGCGUAUGAUGGAGCACCAGUCAGAGUGUCUGAGCGCAUGCCAGCGUGUCAUCGACGAGCAGGAGGAGGAGCUGCUGGAUGCCAACAAAGAGCUGGACCUCAGAGAACGAGAGAAGAUCUCCAUCCAACACUCCCUAAGGAAGAGGGGCGAAGCAGGCUACAACAGUGCUUAUUCAGGGACUCUACACGGGGAAAGACACAUGCUACUGAGGAAGCUGGUAGAAGCGGAGUUUGACGGGGUGGCAGUGGUCACACAGUUGACAGCAUUGAAUGAGUCCAUGGGUGGUGUGAAAAAGGAUAAGCGGUUGUCCAAGGCGGACGCUGCCCUGCUUAGUAGGCAGCAAGAGUUGCUGACAAAGAAAAUAGAAACAUUUGAAAGCACAAACCACACUCUCCAAGAACUCCUCAGGGAAUGCCAUGAGCGAGAGAUAGAAUCAUUGAGGACGUCAGAGCAAAGGCAAGGCCUACUGAAGAGACUGGCGGACACAGAGGCAGAAAAAAUUCAUCUUGCUACAAAACUCAACAACAAAGAGAAGGAAGCCAGCCAGCUUGCAGUACGUUUGGAUUCUGAAAAGGAUAUUGUGAAGACCACAGGAGAGCUGUCUAAAGUUCUGGAGUCAACCUGCAGCCAGCUUAUGGUUCAGUUACGCAGCAAAGAGACUGAAAAUGACCGCCAGGCCGGCCGGAGCAAAGAGAUGGAGCAGACCCAGGAGCAGCAGAAGGAGGAGAUACAGGCCCUGCUGGAGCAGCUGAAGCGACAGAGUAAAGAGGACAAAGAGAGUCUGAAGCUGACCAACCAGAGGCAGAGGGCAGAGCACAGUGAGGAUUCAGCCAGACAUCUCUCUGCACAGAUGCUGGAGAAGGAGACUGAGUUGGCAGAGGCCCUUACCUCGGCUGAGAGCUGGUGUACCCGCCACUCUAAAGAGGUGACUGUUAAGAGCCAGCUUGAAGUGGAAAUCGCUGUUCUCAAGAACCAGGUGAGUGAGCUGACUGCACAGAUCCACACUGUGGAGGAGAAAGGCCAUCCAGAGAGGGAGGGGCUCCUGGACCAACUGCACCGCCUCACCUCUGACAACUCCUCCAACAAACUACAGAACCAGAAACUGAAGAUCACCCUGUCUGCUGCAGAGGAGAACCUGAUGCAGUCCCAGUCUGAAGCCCAGCAGCUGAAGAGUUCAGUCAAGAAGCUAGAGAGCCAGGUGGAAAACUAUAAGCGCAAGGUUCAGAGGGCUCGAUUAGAGUCAGAGGAGUACUGCUUAAAGCUGGAGAUCUCUGAGAAACAUGCACAAGGUAUGAAGGCUGACCUGGAGAGGGAGAGUGAGCAGGUCAGGAGGCAGCUGCUGGGCCGUCUGAAAGAGCUGGAGCCUCUGCCUGAGAGGCUGAAGCGUUCUGAGCUGCAGUUGAGAGUGGCAAAGGAAGAGACACAGACUCAGGAGAGGAGAAACACUGAGCAAAACAAUGCCCUGUCUGAACUCAGACACAAGGUGGAACAACAGGGAGGUUGGGUGGAGACUUUUCAAGAGAAUCAUUUUCUUCUGGUGGAGGAGCACAACAAUCUGCAGCAGAAGAUAGAGAUUAUAGAGAGGAAACUGGAGGGGGCAAACUUGCAGAACAGAGAUAUGGUCCAUGUAAUCGGCAAGCGGGAGGAGACCAUCCAUAGCACCCAGAAACAGCUGGAGGAGCGGGCCCGGGAGUGCAGCAUCCUCUCCAAGCAGCUGGAGCAGGCCUUCAAGGAUGGACAGAGAGAGGCGGAUCAGAGCCUGGAGCGGGCUUUAUUCAAAGAGAGGUCCAUCCAGACCAAGGCUCUGGACCUGGAGAGCCAACUGGGCCUCAGAAAGACAGAGCUCAGUCAGUUACGCAGAAGCAAAGAGGAUAUGGAGCUACGAUUCCAGAAUCAGUUGAAGAACAUGAAGGAGAGACUGGAACAAUCUGACUCUACCAAUCGCAGCCUGCAGAAUUAUGUUCAGUUUCUCAAAGCUUCAUAUAGUAAUGUGUUUGGUGACUCUGUGCUAUCAAGCUCUCUACACACACACUUACCAAUCUGAUUGAAUAGUGUUAGCCUUAUAUUGUAUGAGUUGUGUACCAAUGAUCUAUUUGUUAUUUUCAGUAUAAAUGUACUGUAUACUGUUAAUCAAAACUAUGAUAAAAUCUUAAAAUGAAAAUGGACUGUCAGACAUGUUUCACUCUUUCACAAAUGACAAACUCACAACAUGUAUGAAAAACGAAAUAUUUAUCCAGUGUUUUUCCACAGUAUUUUCCAUAGAUACAUUAAA